ACUGCACUCGAUUCGGGUAUGGUAUGCGUACCGUACGGCCUUCCACCAUUAUUUACUACCACCUGUGACCUAACGUCGGGCACGCUCUGCUCCUCCGUGUACCGUACGGACAAUACUCAUACUGGCACUUCCUCUUCUACUGCAGUCAAACUCCAUGCACAAGCGAGAUAUAGACCAAGUUAAGCCAAAUUGUUGCAGGCGUGUGUGGCUAGUGAUAAAUUGAAACCAGUAACAACAACCCCCGAAUUCCAUCAUGUCCUCUGGAAUGAAAGCUGAUUUCACUAUUCUUGAGCAUGCCAAGGGAUUUCAAAAGAAAGAAGACCAGUUCUUAGUUAUUGAAUUAGUAGCAAAUGAAGGUGCUCAAAAGGGAAAAAAGGGUAAUACUACAUAUGACUGGAAAGAUAUAACAGACAAGGCAAAAAGCAGCAGACUUGUUGGUAAAACCCAUGAUCUUAUGGACCAUGAUCAGGUCAAACCAAAUUUUGAAGAAUUCCGCGAGACUUACUUCACAGAUGCACGUGCUUGCUUAGCAUUCUAUGAUUUCAGUGUAGUAAAACCACUUGUGGAGGCUAAAUCUUACAAGAUCGCCGCAUUCAAAUGGUGUCCAGACACACUGCAAGUUGGCAAGAAGAUGGUCUUUGCAUCCAGUGUAGAAACACUUAGGAAAGAUUGUUCUGUGAGUGCACAUAUAAUUCCUGGUACUGACCCAGAUGAAUUGACGUUUGAGGGCGUACUGAAGGAAUUGGAAGGCAAGUAAAUACACAGGCCCUAGAACUGAUUCCAGCCUAAUCUCAAAAGCAAAGAGGGUUAAUUAUUUUUUUAAUUUCAAUUCCAGAACAUCUAAUAGAAAGGCGUAUGUGCACUACUGCAUACAAAAUGAAUAUGGUGUGAUUAUGAAUAGAACUAUCUGUUCAUCUACAAAUGGCCCUUAGUAAUAAUUAGUGAGGAGUAGCUCUGUUUACUAUUAUUAUAACUUGUAUAGAGGUUAAGGACCAAUUUCAAAAGUGUAACAUUUGCUAUCUCCUUAGAAAAUUCAGCAAUUUCUUUAUGACUUGUACAAGGUUUAUCAUAAAGCACCUGCCCUGCAAUGGCUAUGUAGCCGCUCUGCAGAAACAUGGAGAAUUGGUGCCACUAUUUUUCUGUUUUAUAUCAUUACAUUUGACAUAUUCGUGAUUGAAGAGAUACUUUAUUGGGGCCGGAGAAUCAACCAUGUCAAUAGGUGACUUCAGGUUAGAUUUUGACCUUUUGGUUUACUUCAGCCCAGCGCCAUAUGAAGCUGUUGCUAGGAAGUAUCUCACUGGGUGUUGAGAUAUCAAUGAUGUGAUUAGGAUCAUUAUAUAACCUCACAUGUGGUGUUUAGACACUGAACUUGAAAUCACCCUUUGUGUUGAUGCCAGGUUUUGAAUUAAUUUUCAAUGGAACACAUCCAUGUUACAUGUACAAUCACAAUUUCUGUAUUCUUGGUGGGGGGGGGGGGGGGUAGAGACAGUCAAGAGUUUUCGUUACAGGAUGGUAACUUAGAGAAUUGUUCAUGACAUAGCUCAGGUCACAAUGAGAAUCCAUGCAAAAAUAAAUGCAUUUUAUCAUCAAGUUCACAUCAUUCAGUUGAAAUACUGUCAUUUCUGGAAACAGAAAGGAACAGAGCCCUAUUAGGCAAUCAAGUAUGUGCUCAUGUGUGUACAGUAAAUUGACUAGUUUGGAGGUAUUCAAUCAUGUCUGCCAUGGAUUUUUAUUGUUUUCCUCCAGCUUAAGAGCAAAAGCUCUAUUGCUUAUUGUAUGAGAGGAUGGUUUUAUGAAACUUGGAGACAUUGAAGUUGUGGAGUGGACAGUUGUAUGAAGUUUUGGGGGACUGCUUUUUUAUAUAUAUAUGUAAACCCAUGAAGGUUGUUGCAGUACUUCAAAAGUGUUUCAUAAAACUUAUAAGCAUUUUUUCCCCAUUACAAUUGAGCUAUUUUAUCUAGAAAUAAAUGCCUCAUUAUGCUACCAACCACUGAUGAUCAAUUGGGCUGGUCUUUGUCUGGUUUUCUUACAGUUAGGGGGUGUCAAAAGAAUUUGAACUAAUCAUGAAUCCUAGCACUGCAUUAUUGAAAAAAGGUUUUCAUAUGAUAAUGACUUGAGGAAUCUGAGAGAAUUAUGAUCAUUCCUGGAAAGUUGAUGUUGGUUUUAGUCUUUACCUGUAAGGAGACGGUAGGGUGUAGUUAUGUAAAUAUAUCUUUUGUUUAAAGAAUGAUUGACAUAUGAACUAUUUCUAUGUUUGAUAAUUCAUCAUGAUAUUUACAAAGCUUUGAUCUUUUCACUUCUAAUAUAUUAAUUCUUUAUUUUAUGGUAUACAUAUCAAAAUACUUUUUUUUAAAUAGAAACAUCACAGAAUUUCCUUUUCUUCAAGUUUAAGUUGAAAAGUUCCAAUAAGAAAAUGAAAUCGGCAAAAGGAGUUUUGGUGAUUAGGGUUGUGGUUAUAUAUAUUCAUAUUUAGGAUUUUUAUAUCGUUCAUUCAUACAAAAUUGCUCUGUUUUAGAAACCUAUUUGAAAUGCUUUUUUUGUUGCAGCCGGAGAAAUGUUGGGUUAUUGUAUUUACAAUGUCAUAAGCGUUCCCAUAACCAACAGUGGUUUCCUAAUGUUGAUGCAUUAAAAACAACAAUACAUGAUAUGUCCUUCAUUUUGUCCAGCAAGAUGAGUAAAGUGUUCAUAAGAAAUGGCUAAUGUGUUAUGCAGUAUUUAAAUCGUAUUUAAAGAUGUAACAGAAUCGAUUGAAAAUUAGGAGCCUUAUUAAUCUACAUGUCUUUGGUUUUUCUUUUUAAGUUAAUUAAUGGUGAAGAAAAUGUGUACAUAAUGUACAUGUAUUCAUGAUAAAAUGACCAAGAGAUUUCCCUGUUAUUCCACUUUUCGAUGUUUAUUAUCUUUAAUUGAUUUUGUAUGUACCAUUAGCAAGAGGAAUAGUAAAAUUAAACUUUAACUCCAUCA